AUGGAAGAGGAUGAUAAGAACGCGGCAACAACAAAUAUGAUUGAAACUCCAACCAAGAGGAGAAGAGGACGCCCUCCUGGUUCCGGUUCUAGUUCUGGAUCAAAGAAGAGAAAAGAAGAACCAUCAGAAACAACUUCUGGUAUCAGUGAUGAAAAAUUUAGCCCUCAUGUGAUUGUGUUGAAUGCCGGCCAGGAUGUGGUAGAAGUUCUAUACAAUAUACCCGUGGCAAAUUAUCCUAAAACUGUUACCAUAUUUUCUGCGUCCGAUUCUGUAUCAGAAAUUACCGCUCUUACUCCGAAUGGUCCCAGGCACCGCAAGGGAGAAUUUGAGAUUCUUUUUCUGGCUAUAAGAUGUCUGGUUGGUGAUAAUGGUCGUCAUUAUCGUGAAAAGGCAAUGUGCACCAUUACAUGCACAAAUGAUCAGGGAAAUCUGUAUGUGAAUACUUGUGUCAAUUCCCUCAUAGCGACUGGCUAUGUUGACAUUAUCGCGGCCUUAUCCAAGGCAGACACCGCUAAGAAAACAGGUGCAAGAAUGGUAGAGUUGGCUGCUGCUCCUAAAAAUAACGAAAUAACUCCCAUAGCAGCCAUCCCACUUCAAAUGAUUAAAGAAGAUUCAAAUCCAACCACCUAA